UUAUUCGAGAAUGUAAACAUCUAGCCUUUUAGGCCUAAUGAUUCUGAGAAAAUGGCCUCUUUUGGACAGACAGAGUAUUCACACGACGAACAAGAGGCAAUACAAAAUGCAUUGAGGCAGAAACUAGGACCCGAAUUCAUAAGUCAGCGUGCUGGAGCCGGGGGACAGAGGCUUGCCUACAUAGAAGGCUGGCGUCUCAUCAACCUUGCUAAUGAGUUGUUUGGAUUUAAUGGCUGGUCUCACUCGGUCUCUCAACAAACUGUCGACUUUGUUGACCAUAGUGGAGGGAGAUAUUAUGUAGGAGUCAGUGCAUUUGUCAAAGUACAGCUCAAGGAUGGUGUGUUCCAUGAAGACAUUGGAUAUGGAGUAAGUGAAGGAAUGAAAUCCAAGGCUCUGUCCCUAGAGAAAGCAAGAAAAGAGGCUGUUACUGAUGGGCUCAAGCGGGCACUCAAGAGUUUUGGGAACUCAAUGGGUAACUGCCUAGCAGACAGAGAUUAUCUGAAGUGCAUCAACAGAGCCCCUAAACCAACAGCUAGAGUGUAUGAUCUAGAAGAAAUGAGGAGGACAGACCAAGAUGUGGCAAUAGAACAAGCCAGGAAAUCCACUAAUAUCAGAAGACUGUCCAAUCACAAACUAGCUUCUGAUCAGACCAAUCAAAACCUUGCUAGAAAUCUUAAUAUGGUAUCAACAACCAAUCAGACAACAGAUUCCAGAGACACAGGGAUUGGAUCUAGAGACAAUAUAACAGCCACCACAAGUAACUCGCCAAAUGAAAAUUUAACUAAAAACAUCACUUCACGAGAGACAACAAGAGUAUCGACAAAUAUUGAGAAUAUUCGUGUGACGGGGAGGCAGAGCUUACCCAGUAAGGAGAAUGUUAACCCCCGGGACCAAGAAGUGGGUAUUAAGUCAGAGUGGGUUUCAGCGGAGCUGGUGCUUCAAAAGGAGGAGGAUCCACCCCCUCAGGAGUUUGUCAGGAGGGGGUCACUACCCCUAAAUCAUGGUGUGGGGACAGGAAUGAAUCUCAGACACAAGAGGACCCAGUCCACCCAGAGAGUAGAAAGUGAACCAGUUAAUACUGCAGCCAGUAAGGAUGGGGACAAGGAAGAUCUCAAAGCCAAGCAAGAGAGAUUACAACGACAACAUCAAAAGCAGCAGGAGUUCAAACAGAGGCUAACAGUCAAACAGACGGACAAUACAGCCAUAAAUAUAAUAGGGCCUCCUGUGGCGACCUCCACUCCAGCCUUUAAUGGCCUUGGUCCUCCAAUCCAUGCCUCCAGUCCCAAGGUCAUUCCAAAGUCACGGCCACAGAGCAGCUCAGAACCCUCCCCAAAUCAACCAGAGCUCCUCCCAGAGGAAAACUUUGAGGACACAGAUCUUUGGAACAACUCACUAGAUAUAGAGAGCAUAGAUCCAUUCAGUGAACACACAGCAGCGGAGGGGGCAGGCAAAAAACACCUUAACAGAAGUAAGACACUCUAUACCUCAGAGUCCAGGGGGAGAACUCCUACAAAAUCAUCCUCCUCAGGGCAAAACCGACCCAACACAAUGACCAAUCACUACCCUGUCACCAAAGCAACGGGUCAGUUACGCCAGGUCACAAGUUACACAGGUACAACAGCUGUAAAUGAUAUUGACGAGUGUGCACUCCACAGCGGCCAUAUUUGUGGACAGAUCUGCGUAAACACGAUCGGUAGUUACCGCUGUGAAUGUAACUCUGGAUACACGCUACACUCAGAUGGCAGUACCUGUAUUGAGAAUGAACCCAUCGGCUGUGAGAGGUAUAAUCCCUGCCAGCAGCGUUGUGUAGAGGAUGAAAAUGGGGUCAGCUGUGCCUGUAACCAAGGUUACACACUACUGGCAGACGGAAUCAACUGUCAAGAUAUUAAUGAAUGCACCUCUGGGACAGCAAAUUGUCCACAGGGACAAGGAUGUUACAAUCAGGAGGGAACUUAUAGAUGCCGGCCCUGCCCCCGGGGCCAGGAAGUGGACCCUGUCUCCAAGGCCUGUCGGUCUGUCCCAAGGUGUACCACUGGGUACUUUUAUGACAGAGUAGCUGGGUCAUGUGCAGACAUUGACGAAUGUGCCACUAAGAGGGACACCUGUUUAUCCUCACAGAGGUGUGAGAACACUGUAGGCUCGUUCACCUGUAGGAGGAUCCUGGGCUGUGGGACGGGCUACUCUAUGAUGGAAGAGACUCAAACCUGUAAAGACAUAGAUGAAUGCUUGCUGGGAACACAUAAUUGUCCCUCUGGUUAUGACUGUUUCAACAUGGAUGGUACAUUUAGAUGUCAAAAGCCAACUUGUCAAAGAGGUCACCGAUUCUCCACAUCUACAGGCCAAUGUGAGCCGAUACAAUGUCCGCGGGGCAGGGAACCAGACUCUAAUGGAAUGUGUGUUGACAUUAACGAGUGUCAGCAGCCCGGGAUCUGCCCGGCCUCAGCUCGCUGUGUCAACACCUACGGAUCCUACCGCUGUAUACCAAGUACUUCCUGUCCUCAAGGUCAUCAGGUCGAUCCUAUCACUAAGGCCUGUAUAGACAUUGAUGAAUGUGCGAGGGGAGUUCACAACUGUCAAAGUGACCAGGAAUGUGUCAACACGGCAGGAAGUUAUGGCUGUACCUGUGGGGAGGGGUACAGACGGGAUUCUCAAGGUCGCUGUGAAGAUAUUGAUGAGUGUGCAUAUGGCAACAUCUGUCCGUACAAUGGAGUUUGUGAGAACACACCUGGUAGUUACAGGUGUAACUGUAACUCGGGUACAGUGCUCAGGGGCAGGACGUGUGAAGAUAUUGAUGAAUGUGAAAGCAGAAACGUAUGUGAACAAAACUGUGUUAAUAUUGUGGGAUCCUUUGAGUGUACAUGUAGGUCAGGCUACAAACUCAACCCAGACAAACGCACCUGCUCAGACAUAGAUGAAUGCCAGUCGUACUCCCUGAGGGGUCGGGUCUGUGGAGGGGCCUGUAUUAACACACCAGGGUCCUACAUGUGUACGUGUCCCGAUGGUUGGAGGACUCUAGGAGGAGGAAGGUCAUGUCAAGAUAUCGAUGAGUGUGCUGAGGGGACGUAUCGCUGUACGACCCCCGAGUCAAUGUGCUUCAACACCCGGGGCAGUUAUAAAUGUCCCCAGGUGACCUGUCCCCCUGGCUUUGUCAGGACCCCUGUAGGACCUCGCAGAAACAGUGUAAGAUGUAAGCGUACGUCCUUUACCUGCCAAAGAGGAGACGUUCAGUGUUUGACUGCUCCUAUCUCUCUGUCCUACAACUUUCUGUCAUUCCCAUCAAACAUCAAGAUACCAACAGAUUUAUUUGCCAUGUCAGGACCCCAAACUUCUCAAAAGCAGUUUGCUUGGAAUCUCAAGGUCAUCGAUGCACGACCUCUCAAAUCGGGGGUCAUGGCUGUAAACAGAGGAUACUUUGACCUCAAAAUUAAAAAUUCUGCCCAAGCCGUGGUAUCCUUGAACUAUCGAAUCCCUGGCCCACAGGACGUGGAGCUAGAACUGACCAUGCAGAUCACUGAUCUCAGGUCACGCUACACAGGAACCGCCGUAUCCAAGAUAUUCCUGUAUGUUACUGGUGACAGUGUGGUGUAGACAAAGGGAGAUACAUGUAUUUGAAUGAUCACUGUUUACUUCAUUUCAGAAAUAAUUUGCAUGAUUGUUGAUUUUCACGAUUGUUUGUACAUUUACCCAUGUUAAAAUGGCGUCAAUUGAAUUUCUGUUGUAUGUAUCCAAAAGAGGUUUAGCAGUCUGGUAGAGAGUAAAGUGCUCAUUUAAUCAAUAAGACAAGCUAUGUAUAAAUUUUUGCUCAUUUUUUUUUUCAUACAAAAUCUACAUUACUCUGUAUUUUGCCUUCCUGAAUCAGUUAUUUUUAUUAUAUAUGUGUGCAAGUCUGUGUUCAUCAACUACAUCUUCAUGCAUGCAUGACCUGUUAAGAAAUAAUAUUUGUUUGCAUUUUCUUUUUUUUUUUUGGAAAGUUUUGAAUAAAAAUUAUCAACUGGUACAGAGAA